AGUUUCACAGCAUGCUCUUCAAGAAUAGAAUAACUAGGUUGUAUUCGUUCAAAAAAAAAAGAAUGACUAGGUUGUGCGUAAAGUUUGUUGGUUGCUACCUGGUGCCUGGUGGAUAUGGAAAAACCAAGGGGGCAAAUCCAAAGGGAACAAACUGAACAUUCCCAUAGUAUUCGUUUUCAAUGCGGACCACUCAACAUGUCAAACUUUGUGUUUACCAUGAAUGCUUCCAAAUGUCCUAGUGUUGUCCAUAUAGAACAAAAUCCCCUUAUCAGAUAAUUCAUGCUAUGGACACUAUAAAUCUGUCAGUAGCAACAAAUAGAAAAGUUGCUCAAGCUAAGACCACAGGGACCAAAUUACUACUUGAACAUACCAAGAGUGAUGUACAGGCCACUUAUGCAGGAUCAGGGCACGAUGGAUCACUUGGCGCAGCUUGGUCCAGUCCUGUAUGCGUGUGCUGCUCAUGUAACCGAGGGAUCCUUUGAGAAGACUGACAUUGGUCUUAGUCAGAUAAAAAAGCUCACCUCCAUAGUCGAUGGGCCACUGCAGCGUCUGUCCCUGAUCAUUGCUGAUAGCCUAGCCCGACGUCUUCUCUGCCCUAUCCAGGGCUUUGCUGAUGCCCUCAUUCAUCCAUCCGACUACUUCGAGCAGUCAGUCCUUCAGACUGCUCGCUGCAACCUCGCCAACCUCAGCCCCUACAUCAGUUCUGGCUUUGUCACCAUUAACCGGGCCAUCCUUGAAUCAAUGGAGGUUGAAAAGGUUGUCCGCAUUAUCGACCUAUCCUGCUCAACCGCCCACCCAUGGCAGUGGCUCAAGCUCCUUCAUGACUUCCAUGGGCGACAAGGUGGGCCACCUGAAGUACGCCUCACCGUUGUUCAUGAUGACAAUGAUUACCUGGCCAACAUGCGGAUUCUGCUAUCUAACGAAGCUGACAAGCUCAAAAUUCCAUUCCAGUUUAGUUCUGUGAUUGGCAGACUAGAGACCUUGGACUUGAGUAAUCUUCGCAAUACCCUAGAUAUAAAAUACGGUGAGGCAAUUGCCAUCAGCUGCUCUCUACAGAUGCAUCGCCUACUCGUGGUUGAUGACAAAGUGAGCUGUUCUGGUAUUGGUCAGCUCCAGAAAAUGGCAAACAUUGCGCAACUUAACCAGAUGGCCAGCUCAGUGUACAGCCCAGCUUCCACACUGAACUAUCCACAAACACCAUCCCCUCAAUGUAAGAUGCCAAAGUUGCUGGCUACCUUCCUCAGUGCCGUCCGUGCGCUCAAACCAAACAUCAUGUUGGUGAUGGAGCAAGAUGCAAACCACAAUGCCUUGUUGUUCUGUGACCGGUUUGCGGAGGCACUUAACUAUUAUGCUGCCCUUUUUGACAGCUUCCAUGCAGUGGUUGCAGCCAACCCGCGGAGGGCCGAUGAGCGGUCACGAGUAGAAAGAAUGAUCCUGGGGGAAGAGAUCAAGAACAUACUUUUGUGUGAAGGAGUAUAUCGGCAUGAGCGACACGAAAGGCUGAGCCAGUGGGCAAUGCACAUGGAUAGAUCUGGGUUUGACCAUGUGCCACUCAGCUUCCGUGCCAUUUGGGAGGGUAAUCAGAAGCUCAUGAGCUUCGGAUUGAAUGGUUGCCAGAGCAAGGUAGAAAAUGAUUGCCUUCUGCUGUGCUGGGGUUCCAGGCAUCUCUACUCUAUAUCGGCAUGGAGGCCACAUAAAGGCUCAACUUCUGGGAGCAGAGAGCAUAUGUUAGUGCAGCCACAGCGCCAAAUAAUAGGGUGAGAAAAUUAGGUGUCUCCGUUCAUCGCAAUUUCUUUUCUUUUCUUGCUGGUGAUGCGCAGGAUAGCUCUGGCAGUUCCUCCUUUUUUUUUUAGAGUAGCAGACAGCAUUUGGUGUGAAGCAUGAUUAUGCAUGUAUAGAUGAAAGGAUUGUAAUGUUUUCACUGAAAAUUGGCUCUCGAGCUGAACAUAAAAUAAUGAGUAACAUUUGUUUUGAAUGUUGCCAAAUUAUAUGCCA